GGGCCGGGGAAGAAGAUGGCGGCGCGGGGCAGAGCACGGGCGGGCGGCGGCGGCGGCGAGGAGGAGCGGGGGUCUGGGCGCUCGGAGGCGGAGCUGCUGCUGCUGCACCCGGAGCUGCUCUCGGAGGAGUUCCUGCGGCUCACCCUGGAGCAGAAAAAUAUAUUAGUUGAAAAUGAUGUGAAGAUGGACAAAGAUGGGCUCACUGAUCUCUAUGUUCAACAUGCCAUUCCCCUGCCUCAGCGUGACUUGCCAAAAAGUAGAUGGGGAAAAAUGAUGGAAAAGAAAAGACAGCAAAAUGUCUUGAAAAGUGAGAAUAAAAGUGUUACAACAGUGGAAGGUUUAAGGAAACGGCCAUUAAUUGUAUUUGAUGGCAAUUCAACAAGUACAAGCAUAAAGGUGAAGAAGACGGAGAAUGGAGCUGCCGAUCGUCUGAAGCCUCCUCCUGCUGGAAGCACCACCAACACAGUUAGAAGAUUGUCAGUUCCUUCAAAUGCCUCAACAUACAUUUCAGCCUCCAGUUUGUCAGAGAACGCCAAGCUGGGUACAAGGAAUAAUGAGGCUCAGCAGAACAAUGUUUCAAAGACUGACAGCAGUGUGUUGACUGGUCUGAAGGUUUACCCUUUGUCUCCAAUAGCAGGAACUACUGUUGUGAAGUUAAAGAGGUCUGUUCCAAAGGAGGAAUCUGAUUUGCCGAGUGACCUAAAGCCUUCAGAAGCAAAGAAGAAAAUCCAGCAUGUUACAUGGCCAUGAAGUAGCUAAUGGUGCUUGAAACAUAAAUAUUACUUCCAUAUUUUCAAAUAGAUAGGUCAUAUUUAAACAGUUUAAAUAAAAUUAUUUUAAAAUUUA